GGGCUCGUGCGGCACGAGUGGCUCCACUAACGCCACACACCCUCGCCAGAGCAGCCGCACGGCCCGAGAGCUCUCUUCUCGCCCGUCUCUCACUCUCUCACACGCCUCUGACAGACAUUCCAGAAUGAAGUGGUGCGCGUGGAUUGUGGUGUGGCCGGCGUUGGUGUCCCUGGUCAUAUGUGAGGUGCUGCAGGCCGACGACGAGGUCACUGGAGGCAACGACGGCGGCCAGCCAGAAAUUUACAUCCCGCUUAACGGACUGCUGCGUUUGGUGAACAGCAAGCAAAUGGAAAAGCGGAACCCGUUCGGCAUCAAUGCCCGCGGCUUCCACGAGGACAUCUUCGACCACGACUACGGCUCCUUCAGCCCGAUGAGAAAACGCAGCGUCCCUUCAGAAGAACUGCACUCGAGGAACAAGCGCGCCACUGACCCUAAGCAGCAUCAAAAGUUGGGCUGGAGCAAGCGGCGGCCUGAGAUGGACUCGUCCGGCUUCCACGGGGACACAUUUUCCAGCGGCUUCGGCGACUUCUGGACGAUGCGUAAGAGAGCAAUGAUGGCCAUGAACAAACGACGCCCCGAAAUGGACUCGGCUGGUUUUUACGGAGACACGUUCACCAACGGCUUCGGCGACUUCUGGACUGUGCGCAAGAAAGCAGCCGACUACGCCGACUACGAUUAUCAACCGAAGCGAACCAAUUAAUGCUGAAAACUCCUGAAGCAGAUUAACAACAACGUGGUCAGCGAAAACUUCGAUCAAAUUUUAUUUUGACGGAUGAGUUGAAUGUCAUGAUUUGCAUUUGUGUAGACCAGGUUUGACGAUUCAUUUUACUUUAUUGGCAAACGACUCCGCUGGCGCCAUAUAUAAAAUAUUGUUAUACAUACGCACUCUAUAUCUCCAACGAUCCAUUCCAAAAAGAGAAAAAAAGAGCGAACUGUCUCCUUCCUAUCCAACAUUGAUGACUUAUGAUAGCGAAUUGUAACGUUCGAAUCCUAUACCAAGAGUGAAAAAUACACUAAACUAUUCUUAACUCCAUGAUUGACGUGUUGAACUGUAUUGCAAAACCAAUAAAACCCUAUGAGCAACCUGUUUCCAAAGAGACACACAUAUAUAUUACACACACACACACCUAAUGUGUUUCUCGCAAUAUAUAAUGCAUUUUUCUUGUCUGGUGUUUGCAGAAAUACACAAAUUCGUGAAAUAUGACUUUUAGCUGGAUUAGUCAAUAAAUUUUAUUUUAUAUUGCAAA